AUGGCGCAAGCCGCGGACUGGAACGAGUUGGAGGAGCAGACGAAGGGGAUCAAGGACUGGAUCGAGGACUUCAAGAAGCAAUUUCCUCUUGAUGAUGUUAUGGCAUCAUUCCAUCGAAUGACGAUUGACCCAGAUGUCCCCGGCCCCCUCUUUGGCAAGCCAGCCCCGGUGUUCGAGUACGAAGAGAAGAACUAUUUUGCGAAGGCCACGGUCAACAUCGAGAACUUGCGGGGCUCCAAAUUCAAGCUGACUCGGCACCCACACCAGCUGAGCUUGGCGAGAAUUUCUCCGCCCGUUAGCGAACGGAUGUUCACCUUGACUUCAGCGCAGCGUGAUGAGGCCAUGCAGUACAAAAACAACAUGCUGGCCGAGUUUGGCAUCGAUCCAAUAAUGUCUAGCCGAACGCCGACGCGAGAGGUCGUGGAACCUACCUACGAAGCGCAACUGCGAACCAAGGACAUGUUCAUCGGGAUGUGCCCUCCAUAG